AUGAAAAAUUAUUAUUCAUUUGCAAAAUUAUUUGCUUAAAUUGGAUAGAGUAGAUUAUUAUAAAAUCCCAUCAAUAGUAGAAUUCAGGCUAAAAAAGUAUCUUAAUAUUAUAAUAAUCCACUUCCAAUUAAUGAAAUUGAAAAUUUGCUUAAAAGUUUACAUUAUUUUAUUCCAAAUGAAGUAAUUCAAAUAAUGAAAAAAUCUCAUAAAUUCAAAUAAGUUUUUGGCAAAUAAGAGUUUACAUAAUAUUUUAAGAGUCAAAGUUUGGAUUCAAUUCAAAAAGCAGAUUUAAUAUUACUGUGUUAUAAAUUAAAUCUUGAAGAUGAUUUAUGGAUGAAAUGUUUAACAAUGAAAAUUGAUGAUUUGACACCCUAUUAUUUAAGUGAAACAAUGUGGGCCCUUAAAAAUAAAUCAUUCUAAUUAUCUGAAAACUAAGAAAAAAGCAGAAAACUAUAAGAAGAAAUAAUAUCUUUUAUCCCAUCUAAAUUAAAUUAGUUUGAUUUUUAUAGUCUAAGUCUAAUGUUAUAAAGUCUAACAAAAUUUCAUGAUGUUAAUUGGGAUGAUUUAGCAAAAACAUUUUUAAAGCUUAUAAAUAAUAAUGAUCAUUUUUCUUUAUGUUAUGGCUUAUAUGCAUUAGCAAAGUAAAGAUCAAGACUUACUAUAAAAAUAAAUGAUGAGAAUCUAAUUCAAAUAGUACAAAAUGAAAUGAGAAACUUUUCUUAAAAUGAUCUAUUAUUAGUUUUAUGGGCUCUAUAGAAAUUAAAUUUAGGCUCAGAAGAUUUUUGGAAUUAUGCAUUUACUAUUUUAUAAACAUAAAAAUUAUAGACACUUUAAUCUAUAGCAAUUUAAUCAUAAAUUCUUUCAUAAUUGUUUAAAGUGGAUGAAGUAUCAUGGAAUAAAAUAGAAAAAUAAGCUAUUUCUUUAUUAAAGUCUGAUGAGAAAUCUUUAGUGACUUUAUUUUAAACAUUCUCCAUAAACAAUAAAGGAAGUUAAUAAUUUUGGGAGAAGAUUUGUUUUUAGAUAUUGUAAGAUAUAACAAAAUUCAAAUUAGAAUCAUUAAUAAAAUUAGCCUCUCAUUCAGAUAUACCUGAAUUGAGCAAGAAAAUACCUUUGGAUUGGACUAAAUUAACAAUUUCUUAAAGAUGUUUAAUUUUUAAUAAGUUUGCAAAGCUUGGUUUAUAGAUUGAAGAUAAAUAUUAAUACAUUUUGGAAAAAAUUGAUUAAGUAUUUGGGAAAGAUCUUGUUUUAGUAUUAUACACUAUUUAUAGAUAUUCACCAUAAUUAAAUAAGGAUCCUAUAAUAAAUUAAUUAUUAAUAUCUAUGGAUCAUUUAAAUCUAAUUGAUAUCGAACAAUUAUUAGAAUUAAAAGAGAUUCCUUAAGAAGUAAAUAUUAAACUUUAGAAAUUAUUUGAAAUUAAAAUGAAUAAAAAAUAAAAAAGUGAUUGA